AGCUGGUGGCUAGCAUGAACAUCACCUGAAACAUUUGGUAGCAUCUACAGUUCUCUCUGUGGCUUGUCUUUAGGUACAAGUUGUCUGAAUAUUAUCGUCACCAUAUUGCUAUUGCUUUAUUCCAGGUUUGUUACAGCCAACAUUAAACAGCUUAGUCAGAUGGAGCUCCAGAUUGAGAAUGAUGAAGAAUUCUUGUCUUUUGCCAGGAGGUCGAAGGAGGUGCAACGAAUGUGUGAGGAGGAGGUCCCACAGUCUGUAUCUUUCCAGGAGCCCAGUGCUUUCCCCCAGUAUGAUGAGGCAUUCUGGGAUAGAAUUGUACAUCAACCUAGCCACGAGAGUCCCCAUGUCAACUGCUUCACAUCCCCCAGAGGACAUGUGAAUGCAAAGGGAGUCAUACAGGGGCCACCCUCAAAACGCCGAUGGGGUGAGGAUUUGGCUCUGGGAGCAGAGCAGCUGCCUUCCCCAGCUGAUCUGAUGGGGCGUCGGCAGAAGGGGAAGCGGAGCACUGAGGUGCGGAGGACUCCAGCGAUGCAGCCCAAAGUGGCCGCCGUGUUGAACCACAUAGGGGAUCUGAAGAGAAGACAGAGCUCCAUUGACCUGCUCAAGAGGGAUAUCUGGUGGAGCGACAGCAAUGAGUUUGUGCCAACAGAAGACAACACAAUGGGGUAUAAGGACCUUAUAGAGGCUCGGGAUGAGCAGUUGCUUGAGCCCAUUUCCAGAGAUGGUUUAAAGGAGACUCCAAUAGACUUACAAGAUAGCAUUACCCAUACAUACACAAACGCCGCAUUGUACAGCCACAAGCACAUGCUUCCUGGAUGUGAUCAGAUGCUGAGUCUUGCGCCAGGUGGAAAUCCCAUGACAGCUUUUGUUCUUGCAUCUGCGGACCGGCAGUCACAGAGAGCCUGGCAAAGCCCCAGUUUGCCGCAGGAACAAUUCUGGGGAUUUGGGCAAAGAACCGAGGAGUGAAAAUGUUCUGUUCUGGGGCUUACAGCACUCCUUUAUUUCAGAUGGGAAAUGCUUUCCUUCGUCAUGUUUUUAUCAUUAAUUGUCAAGGAAUGUAGUCAUUUACUCAUGCAUCUCAAGCUUCAAUGUUUUUUUUAUGAUAGUGUAAUAAUCAAAUCUUAACACCAUAAGUUAAAUUAAAUAAUA